AUGCGACGACCACGCAUCGCUUCACCCGCCUCGGCAGCCCUCGUCGUCCUCUCGCUCUCGUCGCUCGCAUCCGCCUCCUCACUCGACACCUCCCCCUCCCGCUCGUCCUCCUCCCAGAAUUCGAACGAACCCCGCGUAGGAUUCCUCCAAGACGUCCUCUCAUCCCGCACAGCCGGUCAAAACUACUGCAAGCCGACGGGACAGAUUCACGAUGCGUGUUGCGACUACGAGACGGUGGAGAGCGUCAAUGAGGACUUGUUUGGGAGGUUGCACGAGCUGGUUGCGGAGCCGUACUUUCGGUACCACAAGGUUGACUUGGCGAAGGAAUGCCCGUUCUGGGAGGAAGACGGCAGCUGCAUGAACCGCGCGUGCGGCGUAGAGACGACCGACGAGGACCAUAUCCCCGAGGCGUGGCGCUCGUCGACGCUGGGAAAGCUGAACCGGACGAGCGCAAGAACGUCCUCCCCCGCCGGCUGUAAGGAGAUCAGCGACUCGGACUUUUGCGUCCUCGAAGACGAACUCGACUCCGAGGGCGUCUACGUCGACCUCCUCCUCAACCCCGAACGUUUCACAGGCUACGCCGGCCCGUCCUCCUCGCGCGUCUGGCAAUCCAUCUACCUCGAAAACUGUUUCUCGCCCGUCCCUUAUAUCGAUCCGUCCCGGCCGAGCUGGGAAGGAGGGAGCGGGUACGCGGAUGUUAGUGCGUUCACUGGGGGAGGGGCAGGAGGUUUGGGAGGACUGAGGAUGGGAGGAUGGGGAGAGGGAGAGAAGAGGUUGAUGGGGAGCUUGGCGGGACCGAAGGAUCCGACUGAGGAGGUCUGUUUGGAGAAGAGGGUGUUUUACCGCGUCAUCUCCGGUCUCCACGCGUCUAUCUCGGUUCACAUUUGCGACGACUACCUCGACCAAUCAACCGGUCUCUGGUCCCCGAACCUAGACUGCUUCAUAACCCGCAUAGGCCAACACCCCGAACGCCUCGAAAACAUGUACUUCACCUACGUCCUCCUCCUCCGCGCCCUCUCGCGCGCCGGUCCGCAGUUGGUCCAGACGCUCGAGGCGACGCAUGCGGCGCGGAACGAGGUGGAGGGGUUGAGAGGGUUGGUGAGCGUCGCGGGAGGGUGCCCGAGCACGUUUGAUGAGAGUACGAUGUUUAGCGGGGGCAAGGAGGCGCAGGAUGUGAGGGUGGAACAGCUCCUCAAAGACGAGUUCAAAGCGCACUUCCGCAACGUCUCGCGCAUCAUGGACUGCGUCGGCUGCGACAAAUGUCGACUCUGGGGCAAGAUGCAAAUCACCGGCCUCGGGACCGCCCUCAAACUUCUCUUCUCCUCCGACUCAGAGGACGGGGAAGAGGUCGUGUUGAGCAGGAGCGAGGUCGUGGCGUUUGUCAAUACGCUUCAUAGGUUGAGCGAGAGUUUGGCUGCGGUCGAUCGGUUUAGGACGCUUUGGGCGCACCGGAACGACGCAAAGCAGGCGCCGUCGUCCUCGGUAUCCGAACCAGUCUCGGCAUCGGCAUCACGGCCACUCGCCUCGUCCCGACCCUCCUCACUCUCCACUCCUUCGCCCUCUCCUCCGCCCAUCGCGCAAAACACGAACGCCUCCCUCCCCGCCCUCGCGACCAAAGUCUGGACCCGCCUUCUAGGAUGGUGCGAAGGCCGUUGGAGCAAGUGCGUCGAGUUAGUUGUCGGCGGCGGAUCUGGAGCGUCGAGGGACGAGUUGUGA